CCUCUUCCGGCCCUUGGCUGUCCCGGCAGCACUCGCCUCUCGCGGUGGAUGCUGCGCUUCUCUGAGCGGAACAUGAAGGUGCUCUUCGCCGCCGCCCUCAUCAUGGGCUCUGUCUUCUUUUUGCUGCUGCCGGGGCCCUCCGCGGCCGACGAGAAGAAGAAGGGGCCCAAAGUCACUGUGAAGGUGUACUUUAAUAUACAAAUUGGAGAUGAAGAUGUAGGCCAGGUGGUCAUCGGUCUCUUUGGAAAGACUGUUCCAAAAACAGUGGAUAAUUUUGUGGCCUUAGCUACAGGAGAGAAAGGAUUUGGCUACAAGGACAGCAAAUUCCAUCGUGUGAUCAAGGACUUCAUGAUCCAGGGCGGAGACUUCACCCGGGGAGAUGGCACUGGAGGAAAGAGCAUCUAUGGCGAACGCUUCGCUGAUGAGAACUUCAAGCUGAAACACUAUGGACCCGGCUGGGUGAGCAUGGCCAAUGCAGGCAAAGACACCAACGGCUCUCAGUUCUUCAUCACUACGGUCAAGACAUCCUGGCUGGACGGCAAGCACGUAGUGUUUGGCAAAGUUCUAGAGGGCAUGGAGGUAAUACGCAAGGUGGAGAGCACAAAGACAGACAGUCGGGACAAGCCCCUGAAAGAUGUGAUAAUCACAGACUGUGGCAAGAUCGAGGUGGAGAAGCCCUUUGCCAUCGCCAAGGAGUAGGGCCCCAGGGACCUCUUCCCUGUGAGUGACCAUCGUCGCGGGCACUGCUGCCCCCGUGGGGGUGAAGAUAGCCCGCCACAGGGCUCCACGCUGCACGGGCCCUAGUGCUGCAUCUGACGGAGCAGACCCAUGACCCCAAAUGCCACAAGCCCACGGGCCCAAUUUUGUAACAAACUGACCAAUGCUGACCAAUAAAUGAAAAAGUGGGUUUUUUAUAACCUG